AUGGGUGUUAUAGAGAACUGUGUCAGUCGUAGCUCGUGCAACAGCAAAGGGAGCAUGAUUGUUGUUUCAAACAGAUUGCCUUUCAUUUUGAAAAGGAAUGAGAAGACCGGAGACCUGGAACGGAAGGCCAGUGCCGGUGGGCUAGUGACCGCGGUAGCGCCUGUGGUGAUACGCGGCCAUGGCAUCUGGGUGGGAUGGCCUGGCAUACAUCUCGACGAUCCCAAAGAAAAGAUCCCGGAGUCCGAUCCAAAUGACAAGACGCCAACGGCCGGCCUGCUCUCUAAAAAGAUCGUGCCAAUACGCGCGGAACCGAACCUCUUCGAUAGCUACUACAAUGGAUGCUGCAAUGGAACCUUUUGGCCCCUGUUCCACUCCAUGCCUGAUCGAGCCACGUUCAUUGCUGACCACUGGAAGGCUUACAUUAAGAUUAACGAGGAAUUCGCUGAGAAAACCAUACACGCUCUGCACUUACUAAAAGAAGACAAGGAAAAAAACGGAUCUCCGCCUAUAGUUUGGGUCCACGACUACCAUCUUAUGUUGGCUGCUAAUUGGAUCAGACAGAGAGUGGAAGAGGAGGACAUUAAAUGUAAACUUGCAUUCUUUUUACACAUACCUUUUCCUCCGUGGGAUAUCUUCAGAUUAUUCCCGUGGUCUGACGAGGUGUUACAAGGAAUUCUGGGUUGCGAUAUGGUCGGAUUCCACAUCACAGACUACUGUUUAAAUUUCAUAGACUGUUGCCAAAGAAACUUAGGUUGUCGUGUGGACAGAAAAAAUCUUCUAGUCGAGUUGGGUGGUCGAACCAUCUGUGUCAGACCUUUACCCAUCGGAGUCCCCUUCGACAGAUUCGUGCAUUUAGCCCAAAACGCGAAACAAGUACUCUCUACGAGCCAACAAGUAAUCCUAGGUGUGGACAGGUUGGACUACACCAAGGGUUUAGUACACAGACUGAAAGCAUUCGAGAGGCUGUUGGAGAAAUAUCCGGAGCACAUAGAGAAAGUGGUGCUUCUCCAAAUUUCAGUACCUUCAAGAACAGACGUCAAAGAAUAUCAAGACUUGAAAGAAGAGAUGGAUCAGUUAGUAGGAAGAAUCAACGGAAGAUUCACAACCCCUAACUGGUCACCGAUUAGGUAUAUAUAUGGUUGCGUUGGUCAAGAUGAGUUGGCUGCUUUCUACCGUGAUUCUGCUGUAGCUCUCGUGACACCAUUACGUGACGGAAUGAAUCUGGUAGCUAAAGAGUUCGUUGCCUGUCAAAUCAACAAGCCACCUGGUGUAUUGAUCGUAUCACCAUUCGCUGGAGCCGGUGAGAUGAUGCACGAAGCUCUGAUAUGUAAUCCGUACGAACUGGAUGACGCCGCCGAAGUUAUUCACAGAGCAUUGAUAAUGCCAGAAGAUGAAAGGACAGUGCGUAUGAACCACUUACGACGGAGAGAGCAGCUCAACGAUGUCGACUCCUGGAUGAGAAACUUCCUGAAAGCCAUGGAUUCUUUGGAAGAGGAAGCAGACGAUAUAGGUGCCACAUCCAUGCAACCCAUCACUAUAGACGAUUUCGACGAAUACCUCUCUAAAUACAUAGGAUAUACGCAAAAGCUGGUCCUCCUCCUCGAUUACGACGGCACAUUGGCACCCAUCGCACCACAUCCUGAUCUCGCCACGUUACCUUUAGAAACCAAACACACGCUACAGAGGUUGUCCAAUAUGUCAGACGUCUACAUUGCCAUCGUCUCCGGCAGAAAUGUGGACAACGUCAAAGACAUGGUCGGAAUAGAAGGCAUAACAUACGCCGGCAACCACGGGUUGGAGAUCCUUCAUCCUGACGGCAGCAAGUUCGUCCAUCCGAUGCCUAUGGAGUGCCAAGACAAAGUCGUGGAACUUCUUAAGUCGUUACAAGAACAGGUGUGCAAGGACGGCGCGUGGGUAGAGAACAAGGGCGCACUGCUAACGUUCCACUACCGCGAGACGCCGCUGCCGAAACGCGCGGCGCUAGAGGAGACCGCGCGGCGACUGAUCGCCGCCGCCGGGUUCACGCCCGCGCCCGCGCACUGCGCGAUAGAGGCGCGCCCGCCAGUGCAGUGGGACAAGGGUCGAGCAUCUAUCUACAUUCUAAGGACAGCCUUCGGCUUAGACUGGUGCGAGAGGAUCAGAGUGAUAUACGCCGGUGAUGACGUCACCGACGAAGACGCCAUGUUGGCUUUAAAAGGUAUGGCGGCCACGUUCCGUAUCGCGUCAUCGACAAUCACCAAAACAUCCGCAGAACGCCGUCUAUCAUCCACGGACUCGGUCCUGGCGAUGUUAAAAUGGAUAGAGCGACAUUUCUCCAGACGCAAGCCAAGAGCUAAUUCCCUCACAUACAAGAGCGCAAGAAAAGCGAGGGACUCCUUGCAAAUGCAGAUGUCCUACCAACCGAUGACGAAAUCAUCACCGAGGAAUUCACCGAAAACAUCACCUAAACCAUCACCACCCAGAACACCAGACAAAGCCUCGAGCGGAUCAGAAUCGAGUUAACUCUCUUGCUUUUAUAAUAACAAACCUUUUUCUGUUCUUGCUACGAAGAAUUACACUGCAAUAAAUUUUUAACUUUAAUUUAUUCACAUUAAAAUUCAAAAUCGAUGUGAUUCUGUGUACUUAGCUCGAAAGAAGCUUUUCAACG